CCUGCGGCUCUGCGUUCGCGUCUGUUCUCCGGGGUGUUCGGGGAAGCCUUCGGGAGGUCUCAUCCGAAAACGCCUCCCCAGAGCCCCGUGCUCGUUUCGUAGAGCUGCCCCACGUCUCUCGGGGUGAAGCUUCGUCCGCGGCGCCAGCCCGCGGGGUGAGGUGCGGGCGGGAUGGACCUGGCCGUGAGGGAGCGGCUCUUGGCCGCAGAGAGCCGCCGAGAUGUUCAGGCUUUGAAGAAUGCUUAUGAGUUGAUCAAAUCAGCCAGUCAAGGAAAAUCGGCGCUUGACUCAUCAGAUAACUUCAGCACCGACUUAUAUGUUUUAUGUGCUGAACAAGCAUUUCAGCUGGGAUAUCUGGAAAUGAGCAGUGACUGUCUACAGAUGUUUUUUAAAGGAAGAUUUCCUGUGAACCAGUUUCUUGGCAGAGCAUAUUUGUGCCAAGGCCAGUUGCACACUCCACUCUCCACAGAUAAUUUGGAAGAGUUUGAAAAGUUUGUGCUGUUUUUCAUGAAGGCAAUAGAUUUUGCAACCCAUGAUCGAAGAUACUAUUUUUUGAUAUAUAAUGCUUCAGUUCUUUAUUGGCAAGUUGUGAGGCCGUAUCUUAAGCCUGGAUUCCGCUAUUGUCUUAUUCCCAGCCUUUCUCAGAUUGUUAAAGCAUUAAACCAAACGGAAGAGCAAGACAAUGAAUGGAGAGCAGAACUCAUGAUAAAUUUACUUGAGUGCUACCUUGAUGCUUCCAAACUGAAAGAAGCAAAGGAGUUUUCAUCUACUGCAGCAGUCUUUAUUAAGGAAAAUGUUCCAGAUAAAUACUCUCAAAUAUUUUCUCUAAUGGUAUAUCACAAGCUAAUGGAUAUUGCCCAGGUAGAGAAGGAAAUACAAAAUUCUGUCCAUUUUUCAGUUAUUUAUAAAAUGCAGAUGUUAAAAUUGCAGUGGGACACAAAUGAAUUUCCAAGUGAUGCCAUCGCAAAUCUGAAUUCUGUAUAUGUACUUCUGAAACAAUACAGUGUACCUCCAGCAUCUCUUCUCAGUGUGAAGAUUCCUUUAAUUCUGGAAUUAGCUCGUUUUUGUGUGAAAGUAAACUACAUUAAGCUUGCAUAUGAUUGUAUACUUGAUUUGAAGAGAGCUGGGAUUACUGAGCAAGGGAAACUUAUUGAAAUAGAAUGCCUGGAAUGUGAAUAUGAAAUAAAAAAAAAAGGCACUAAAAUUGUGACUUACACCAAAGGAGUUGUUGAGGCUCAACUGGAAUUGAUAAAAAAUCUUGAAUUAACCUUAAAACAUGCAGUUCAGCUGGGAGAUCCUGAUGUGAUUCAGGUUGUUUGUACAACCCAGUGGAAUCUGUGCUUACCACUACUACAACACAAUUUGCUUCAACAUGUACGAAAGCCGUUGAUAUCAGUUGCUGAUGUCCUUGAAGAGAUUGACAGCAUGUUGGUUUUGUUGCGUUGCCAAGUUCAUAUGGAAAUAGCUCGUAUUGAAGAAGAUGGGGAUAGAAUAGAGGCUGCUGUGGAACAUUUACAAAAAGCUAUACAUCUAGACAACAGUGGGCAAUAUCAAGAACAUCUAACAUUGACUUUUAACCGUCUUCAUUGGUGCACUAUGCUGUAUAAGUCACCUGAGCGUCUAGAGGAUCGGGCAGUAAUGAUGAUUGAACAGGCUAAAAGAGGAAAGCAGAAGGAUAAUGUGAGGAAUAAGAGGUUCCUUCUAGUAAAUGCAGGUCUUGCACUAGCUCCUGAUUCAUUUCAAAUAGUCUUUGACAGUGAAAAUGAAGCUAAAGUUUCCUCAGGUAAAAGUAGGAGUCAUAUAAGCUACCUCUGUGCAAAAGCACAACAUCAUAUUAAAAGUGUGGAGAAAGUUGAUGAACAUUUGAAACACUUAAAUGAGAAUGACAGAGAGAGAAUUAUACUUUGGGCAGAUUUGGCAAAAGUUGCACGUAAACAAGAAGUGUGGGAUGUCUGCCGCGCAGCAUGCAGAUUUUGUAUCUUGUAUGAUGAUACUUUGUUUAGGAAGGUAAAAAAGCCUAAAAAAACACAGAAGAAGAAAGCUAGUACAGCUAUGAUGGAUGAUGAUCAAGGUGACAGCUUACCAGGAGAAUCAUUACUACAUGCUAAAUCCUUCUCUUUUGAAAGAGAUUUACUCAGAAUAUUAGCAGAAAUAAGAUUCAUUAAUGCAGAGGCAACUGUUCAUUUAUUAAGAUUGCAGGGAAUUGAACUGAAUGAUCACGCUGUACCUCCACAAGAUAAAAGCCAGUAUCGUCCAGGAUAUGUUUCAUGUCUUCCUGAAAGUGAUCCAGAAUGGAAAACAUACAGUUUAUGGAUAGACUACUUAUCUCAGUAUGCUAUGGAAAACUUCCAACGUGCAGCCGAAAUAGGAGAAGAAUUGAAUGAAGCCUGGAUUGUUCACAAUGCUGUGGUGUAUAUCUUAAACUACAAUAGACAUCUUAUCUCUUCAGGAAGACAGAGGGAAAUUAUUGAGUGUCUGCAGACUCUUCUUGGAGCCAUCAAGACUGUUGGGCACAAUGGAAGUACUGUGAUUUUAUUGAUGUUAUGUAAUGCUUUGGCUCGGGGCUUAAUUCUUUGUUGGAUUCCAAAGCCAAAGCUUGCUGAGAAGAAAAAUAAAGAUGCAGCAACAGACAGCAGCAGAAAAGCUGCAGCAAAGAAACAUGAAAAAGCAAAUGUUGUCCAGUCUGUUUCAGUAGAUCCCAGAGGGCUCCCCGAUAUCAAAGCUGCCUUAGAGAUUUGCGAAUUUGCCCUAAAUGUGACAACUGGAACCAUGCCUAACGAAACAGUACCUAUUGCUGCACAACAACAGGUCAUCGCUACGUGGGUGAAAGCAAAACAGUUAAUUCAGCAGCAGAUUGGAUAUAAACUUGGGACUGAGGAGAAUAAUGAUGACGUACAAAAUCCUAUGGCAAGAAUUCUUGUUGGUCUAGAAAUGUACUCAUGUAAUGGCUUGGGUCUCAUGGAUUUCGCUGUUCCUAGCUUAUCUCAGUUAGUGAAAUUGGCUUUAGAAUGCAGUUGGUCAGAUUCCUUAGUGGAAUUGCAGACACUGACACGACUUACAUAUUUUGCAUAUGUAUCACAUGACUUUGAAAUAGCGAUGACUUGUUCCAAAAGAAUCUUGCAAUGGGAUGAGAAGUUUAUCCACAAUAGAGAUACUAAGGAAUACGAAAUGCCUGGUAACAGAGUGAGACAAGAAAUGUUAAGCACUACUGCCUGUAUACAAGGAAGGACUAUAAUGGAAAAUUUGUCUGGAAGAAAACAUGUGCGUGUAGCAGCAUCAAAAGCCUUUGUUCAGAGUGCCAGGUAUGCAGGUGAAGCCAGAAAUUAUUCCCUUGUAAUGUUUGCAGCUAGACACUUUUGGAAUACGUGUUUACCUUUGCUAAGUUCUCCACGUGACAGAGAGCAGUUUAAAGAACCUACUGAAAUAAUUCUUCAGAAUAUAAUUAAAGCAGAAUCUAAAAAUAAACAGAAAAAAAAAGAUACGGUGCCUUUGCAUCAGUGGUUUACAAAGGAUUUUCAAAGUAUUGAGUUAUCAGUUGGAUGCUUUCUCCCAGGUGCUGAGGAAGAUCUGACAUUAAGAACCUCCUUGUAUGGGUUAUUAUUCCACAUAUAUGCUGACAGAGCUGACUGGGAAGCAGCACUAAAAGUCCUGGAUGAAGCUAUUAAAGUUUUGCCUCAGACAAGACACAGACUCCUGAUUUUUAAAUAUAUGGCUACAGUGAAGGCAAGAUUGGGAUGCAAUUUUAUGAUGGACGUUCAGAGAUUCAGAGAUGAAAGUGAAGAUUAUUUGUCAUAUAUGUGGCGUCAUUUGGUAACAAUCUCCAGAAGUAUUGUUGGACAGUUAAGCUGUUUUCAGAAUGCAAUCAUUGCUUUACAGAAACAAGAAAAUGAAUGGCAGCAAGUUGAUUAUCUGAUGGAAUUCGCUGAAUGGUUAUACUGUAACCAGUUUCCCCUCAACGAUGUUAUUAAACCUCUGGACUGGGUGGUAGAUCUCUUGUUACACAUGAAAUUUUCUAUGCAGUCCUCACAAGAAGAAGAAAAUUCGAAGAUAGACAUUGGAGCAAAUUAUACCAUGCCCCAAAUUAAUUUUGAAGAUUUGAGUAAUAUUAAACAACUGGAAGCUUUGUUUAGAGCGCAGACAUUAAUGGCUUUAAUUUCUGGUCAUAAUUCUCCUUAUCAUCAGCAGCACUGUUUGAUGGCAUAUGCUUGUAUCGUCCGUAUCUGGCAGGUAUCGUUGUCAGCAUCAGGACCUAUUACAAAAGUAUUAUCAAAGCCUUCACAACUUACAGCUCCUCAGAGGAUACAGUCAAUAAUUACUCCUAAAAAAGGACAAAAGGACAAAAAGAAAGAGGAACAAGUUCAAGUUUCUGUUGUGAAAGAGAAGCCUAAAGAGAAGGGAUCAGUCAAUACCUUACCAGCAAAUGUGGAAGAAUGGGCUCAUUAUAACUGUCCCAGUGAAAUCAGAGAUACUUUUAAACAGAAAACAAGUAGUUACGGUAUUAACUGGGAUAAUUUCCCAAAACCUACUUGCACUUUGUAUUUUAUGGACCUUUUAUCUAAAGAACUACAGAAAAUUUUUUGUCCCCACUUGAUUCUUCCCAUCUUUCAGCUAGCUGAAGUUAUUGCUAAUGAAGUUGUGGAAUGUAGAAGUCUGUCUGAUCUCUAUCACCUUCGGAUUGCCCUGAUAUGUUCAGACCUAAAACUGAGUGAGGCAUCUUUGUAUCAUGAGAAGGCUGCUGGAGAGGCAUACAUUAAUGAAUUAGAACAAGCAAUGUGUAGGCAAGAGAUUGCACUGAAGAAAGAAAAAAAAGUACAUACUAAGACAGAAGAAAGAAAAACAUUUUUUGAAAAUGCUCAGCUGAAGGGUAGUAGGGAUGAGAAUAUCCUUACUUCAAGUGAAAAGUUUUUUGAGUUAAAUGCAGUAACAGGAAAAGGACUGAGUGCACUUUCUUUCCCUUACUUGUGGAUAGAAAAAGCUGAAGUACUAAUUCAGCUAGGCUUGUAUCAACCAGCAAGACUUCUGCUUUCAGAGGCCCAUGCUGCAACUCAGGAAUUGGGGGCCCUUUCUGAUGUGUCAAGGUGCUUGUACUUACUUGCUGUAUUGGCUAACCUGGAAAGAAACCAUGGACAAGCUAAAGCACUCCUUGAAAAAGCACAGCUUCUAGGAGGAAAUGAACAGUUUUGGUACAACAGUACUCUUAGUCUAAUAGAAGCAAUUCUAGAGGAAGAAGGGGAAGGAAAACAGAGCACGGCUUGUGACAUACUGGAACACACUGUAAAUGUACUCAGAUCUACUUUACCGAAGAGACCUAACAGGCAGUCAGAGUUGGGUUUUAUGAUUGCAUCCCUUGAAGCCAGGAAAACACUUAUUCAGAUACAUUUUGCCCAAGAUUGUAUGACAAUUAAUGCUGAGUCUUGUCAGGUGGCACAUAUGCUACAGGAAUCUUACAACAAAUUAGUUCAAAUUGAGAAGGACUUCUUUCAUUAUGGGUAUAAAAACUGCAGCGCUGAGAUACUACUAGAAUGUGCAAAUAUUCACAGGGUGAUUGCCAAGCAGAAAAGAAACAAAGACGACAAACAUAAUCGCUAUCUAGAUGCAUAUAACUUAGCUCAGAGGGCAGUAUCCAAAACAGAGGAAGUGUUUCAUAAUGUUUGUAGCUUAUUUGCAGUUAAUGAGACUACAAAUAUUAGCCUCCCAUUAAUGAGGCAACUAGCUAACAGGAAAAUAAGCGUUGUAGAAAUUCUUUUGGAUAUAUUUAAUCUUGUUAUUAGUGAGAAAAAGCUUAAAAAAGUGGGAGAAGCAUCUUCUCAUAAAAUUGUGAAGGCAUUAAUCAAGGGAACUCUUGAAGAUGAUGCAACAGAACAGGAUUGGAAGCGUAUGGAAUGCACUGUGGGUCAUACUGCACUGGCUCUGUUAGCAAACGUACAGAAUCUUUGUAAAGGCUGUCCUGACAUCAGAUCCAAAUGCCUAUAUCUCACUGGAAAAACUCUUCAUUUACUUGCCAUUAACGUAGAUCCUGUACAUUCAGAGACUUACUGGAAGCCAAAUGUUAUGGAAGAAGCUAAAUCAGACAUCACAAAAACUUUCCUGACUUCAGCGGAAUGCAGUGAACAGGAAGUGACAGGCAGCAGUAUACCGACUAAUAAAUGUCAAUAUGAUAAGUAUAGGAUGAAAAUACAGGAAUUAAAGAAGGAGUAUAGGUUGGCUCAGAAAUAUCUUUCUCAAUCCAAUGAAGCUUUGCUACAGUGUAUGGGAAUUGCAUUCAGUCAUAAUAUUACUGAUGUACUGGCUUCCGCUAGUUUUGAAAUGGUUGAAUGCUUUCAACAAUUUGAUCCAGUUUCAACUAGCCAAUUUUUGGCACUUCAUCAGAGCUGUUCAGCGUCUAUGAUGAUGAAGAGUAUCCUUCUAACAGCUACAUCUAACACCAGCAGCUCUCAGCUGGCAGCAUUACUGAAUCUUCAGAAUCAUUUAAAGCAAAACAGAAACACAAGUCAUCUUCUAAAGAACGUGGAACAGCAACUGGCUGCUACUUCAAUGGCAUGGAGAAAUCUUGGUAUUCCUGUUGAACAUUUUAAUAUAAUGCAUGAAUUGCCACCUAGUUUCUGCAUAAUUAUUCUCCAGCAUUCGGAAGACAGAUCAAAUUUGUACAGUUCAUUGAUUGAGAUGCCAAAAGUAAGUACUGCACAGCAAAAAGGAAAACCCACUCAGCCAAUGGUGCAAGCUAAAGUUUCUCGAUGUCCUGUGAAUCCUGAUACAUUUUGUAUUUUGUUGGAAAAAGUGCGUCUUUACAAGCAACAAAAAAUGAAGAGUCAUCCUAAACAGCCUGUCAUUCAAAACUUGCAAGACUGUGUCUCCAAAACUAAUGUGACUCCAACAGAGAUAACAGAUGAAAAUGGACAUGAUUUGACACCAGAUUUCUCUGAAAUAGUAGAAAUUAUGGAAGAAUAUCUGAAACCAGUGCUGUCAUACUGUGAUUUUUUUGAUACCAGAGAACAGAGCACAUCAGUUUCAGCAGCUGAAUCAGGAAAAAUAAAAGUGAAAGAUAAGGACACCAAACACACUAGAAUGCAGGGUGCACCUAUGGAUUUAGGAUUGUGUGUGGUAUUACUAGCAGAUGCAUUAUUUAUGGAAUUGCCUUUGGAAGCUCUGAGUAUCUUUAAAGAGGAAGGAAUAAGUUCUGUGUCCAGAGAUUUUUCUCUCCAGAUUCUCUACAAUCGAGUACAUCUGGCUGAAUCAGAGACUGAAGUUAAAACAGAUGUUGAAAUCUCUAAAGAAACAAAAGCAAAAGCUCAUCAGAAAAAGAAUGUCAAAAUGGCACCAAUUAAUCGUGUUUUACCCUCUAAUUGCUUGCCUGUUGAUACUCAUAAUUUUAAAUAUAUUGUGGACCCCUAUAACGAAGGAAGAGAGGCAGAAGCUUUAAGUCCUUCCCAAAAAAUAAAGGAAAUCCUAGAAAAAUACCAUAACCUAUUUACACUACGAUGGGAAGGAGUUACUGGCAACAUACAUGUUCCAAGCCAAGCUGAAUGGGAGCAGCUGCUGACAAACUGCAGUGCGUUUCUGUUCUAUGGGAUGGAGAGAUUCACGUCUCACAUUUUACUCAACAGACUGGUUGCUAUGAACAUCCCAAAAUGCCAUUUGAUGAUACUUCUAGAUCUGGUUCGAUCAAAGCAAAGUUAUCAAAGAAUUACAAACGCUGAUAUCCACAAAAGCUGUCUAGGUAUUGCUAUAGAGAGACCAACAGAGACAGCAAUGCUUCUAAGCCUUACUGGUGUUCGUUCUGUAAUAGCCAACCAGUGGUACACUACCUUGCAAGAGAAUGCAGAAAGGCUAGAAAUUUUGUCCGAGAAUUUGUUGACAGUUGGUAGAACAACUGGGCAGACAGUCCAUAUUCUUCAAAAGAGUAAGAUUCACAGGGAAAAGAAUUCCAAUAAAACGGAAGCUGAUUCUCACAGUUCUAGAGACAAAGCAGAAGAACAGACCAUUCACGCUUCUUCAAAUCUUCCUGCAAUUCAUCCAUCAUUUUUUAAUUGUGUGCUCUAUGGUUUACCCAACAUAAUUAUUAUGUAAUUUGUGUCAGACUUUUCACACUAGGAGUACCACUACACUGUGCAUUUAAAGGUGUGGCAGAUACUUAUUUCUGUAUGGGCUAAGGAGAGGUGAGCUUAAGAAAAUGUAUGUUUUGCUGAUAGACUGGUUUCUGUUUCAGAUGUAAACAGUUUGAUAUUAGAGUCAGGAAAGUAUCAAAGAACAUUUAUUUUGGAGAUUUCAGUUAGUACUCUAAGGUUUUCUGAACUCAGUGAAUGCCUUAAAAGAAUUUGGUGAGUACCAACAGAUGUUAAAGGAAAUUAGGCUAGCAUUUUGGGGCAUUGAUGCAUGAGUGGAAUUGGAAUGUAUCAUUGUCAGUACUUCCAUUUAGAAAAAUUUUUCCUUGAUGUAUCUUAUUUUUACAUGACAGAUUUAUCAGGAGCAUAGCCAAAAAAUUUACCAACUCACCUGAUUCUGAGUGAAUUGAUUUUUAACUAUUUAUAUAUUGGUAGUUGUAGUUUAAUUAGAAAACAAGGUAAUAUUAAAUAAAAUUUUUAAUAAGUUUUGCUUUCUUUAUUUCCGUAUAGUUUUCCUGAAUGGCAUAUGAAGAUAUAUUAAAUCCCAGAUAAGAUUAUUAAGUGUAUGGAUUUUGUAACAUGCUCUUUUAAUCAGCAAUGUAUUUUUAAAAUACAUACUUUAAAACUUUAUUUGUAGUGAUAACAGUAGAAAUAAAUAUAAAAUACUUUACCACGUAUGGAAUAUACAAAGCUUUGACCAUUAUUGCAACUAAAACCAUUUUAAGAGUCUCUUUUUUUCCCAAUAAAAUGGUGAUGUCUGUUUCCUGUGAUAGAUUU